CUGAAAAGACUGACCCUUUUGUCCUUGCAAUGACCAUUACUUAAACCCCAAGGAGAGGGAGAGAGGCAGAGCUGUGCCCCAACUGAGCAAGCCAGCCACCCUCCAGUGACCAGUGGUAACCGCUCACAGUCCUCUGUCCUCUAUUUACAGCGGCGGGGCGUCCUGCCUUGCCCGCAAGAAUCAUUGAAUCUUCAGUCUUGAGGUGUCCUCCUUGCUCUUUUCAGAGAAGCCAUGCGGCACAAGAAGGAGCAGGAGAGCAGCGGCGUGGCCGUGGCGGUGAAGGAGAACGGCGCGGGGAAGGGGAAGGAGAAGGAGAAGAAGAAGGAGAAGGGAAAGGAGAGAGAGGAGGGGGAGGCCAAGAACGUGGAUCAGGGGAAGGAGUCCAAGAACGUCGGCCAUCGCUUCUUCAAGGUCUUCUUCCCCGAGCAAUCGGGGGAGCGAUUGAAAAUUCCGCCACCGUUCCACCAGUACCUUGAGGAGGAGCCUACCGGAUUGGUUUCCCUGAAAAGUUCGAGCGGCAACACAUGGCAAGUACUACUUACUUCCGACUCCGAAGGACUGUGCUUCGCGCAGGGAUGGAAGGAAUUUGUUAGAGAUCACUCCCUCAAGAAUGGUCACUUUUUGGUGUUCACUUACAGUGGACACUCGCAAUUCUCUGUGGUGGUGUUCUGUUCGUCCGGUGUUGAGGACCCGUCAGCUUUAGUUGCUCAGCCUUGUAAGGCGAUAGUGGUUAAAGUAGAAGAGGAUGAAGGGGGCAGGGACAUUGUUGCGGCUGGCACAUCUGAAGUAUUGACUCUCCCCCUAGAAGAGGUUGAUGGAAUCACUGGGAAGAGGACUAGAGGAAUGAAUGAUCUGAUGGCAGAUGGCCCCGCACCGAAGAAGCACUCUAGUUUCCUGACGAAAGCUGAGAAAAAGAGGCCUGAAGCUAUUGUUGGCACUUCUAAGGCAGCAGGGACAGUCCCUAACGAUUUCUCAAUCAGCUUGUUAGACGAAUAUACAUGUUGCAACAAGACUCGGAUCAGAGAUAAAGAUGUGCCUAGGAGUGGUAAAUUCAUCUUGAAGAAGGCCAGGCAACCAGUAGUAAUAUCACAAAGGCGUCCAGUAACUGAAGAAGAGAAGAACUUUGCUCUUAAAAGGGCAAAGGAAUUUAAAUCAAAGCAUCCUUUUUCUGUGCAAAUAAUGAUGGAAUCUUAUGUCUACGUGGGAUUUUUCAUGAACAUCCCAUGUGACUUUGUCAGAGAGUCGCUUCCCAAAACAAGCAAGAAGAUGACACUCUGGGAUCCACAAGGACAGCCUUGGGAAGUUAACUAUGUUUACUACAGUGAGCGCUGUAUUGCCUCUUUCAGUGGUGGCUGGGGAAAAUUUGCCCUAGGAAAUAACCUGGAGAAGUUUGAUGUUUGUGUCUUUGAGCUUUUUAAGGAGGACAACAUAAAAGUGCACAUCUACAGGGUUAUCCCAGAAAUAACUCCGCUCCUCCGUUCCCGCAAUAGAUAAACAGGGUUUUCUUCACAUGUUAGAGAGUGCAAUUCCAUUGAUCUGCAGCUAGGCAAUAAGAAGACUGAUCAUUCACAUGCUGGAAAGUGAUUCUGUGCUCCUUCGCGAGAGAAGGCACUAAUAAUUUCCCGAAACAAAUAAGUGACAAUCAGCAGAAGUUUUGUACUUAUGCUCCGGUUGGAACCCUAUUGUAUCGGUUAAAUAAUAUCGUUGCGAACUUGCAGCCAUCAGAAUGCUAUUAUAGUAAUUUUCUGUGCGCAUUAAUUUAUUUUGCAGUUUAUAAUGGAAGCA